AUGGUAUUUUGCUCGUCGGAGAUACGUGUUGCCUCAAAUGAUGUGUCUGGUGUCGUGUCAGGUGUCAUGACAUCUGGGGCGACACCUGGAGCAGCACUAUGUAGUGGAAGGUCCAACACGUCCCGAACGUCAUCCUCACCGCCUGUCACCCCUGCGAAGCCCCUUUUCAAUUUUUCUCCAGAGACCGAUUUCACUAAAAUUAAGGUUGUGAAAUACAAGAACCGACUUGAUGAAGGUGUCCAACAAAUCCACGAGAGCUUCUCCGCCUAUGCCACUGGCGGGAGGUUUGCAUCCUCAUCGCUAUCGAAUCAGUCGCUAACGUCACCCUCGAUUCGAGAUCUUCUCUCUGUCCGAUUCCUUUCUCCUACCGUCGGCGCCACCGUCACCGUAAGGAGCUGGGAAACGAAAAGCCUUUUCUUCAAGCAAGAAAUGGAGCUUUCCUUGAUAGGUCUUCAAAAUGCUGGGAAAACUUCACUUGUAAACGUUGUUGCUACUGGUGGAUAUAGUGAAGAUAUGAUACCCACGGUUGGAUUUAAUAUGCGGAAAGUCACAAAAGGCAACGUCACAAUAAAGCUGUGGGAUCUUGGAGGUCAACCUAGAUUCCGGAGUAUGUGGGAAAGAUACUGUCGUGCAGUCUCAGCCAUUGUCUAUGUUGUCGAUGCUGCCGAUCAUGACAAUAUCAGUAUCUCCAAAAGCGAACUCCACGAUCUGUUGAGCAAACCAUCACUAAGUGGCAUUCCUUUGAUGGUCCUGGGUAACAAAAUCGACAAGCCUUCAGCACUGUCCAAACAAGCACUUACUGAUCAAAUGGGUUUAAAGUCAAUCACUGAUCGGGAGGUAUGCUGCUUUAUGAUCUCGUGCAAGAACUCGACCAACAUCGACCAGGUCAUCGACUGGCUGGUCAAGCAUUCUAAGUCGAAAAGCUAA